AUAACUCAUUUCUUUCCAGAUCCGAGCAACUGUCAACCCCAUAGCAAUCGUACGUCGCCAGACGAGUGGCGCGAUGCGGUCGGCGGGGCCCACGUGAGGUCCCGCCUCGACAUGGGCUCUAACAUCAGCCAGCACUCCGCGAAGGGUCUCAAAGGCCGACGCGCCAGGUCCAGCGGCGAUCUUUGCAAUGGCGAUACCAAAAGCCAGACCGAAUCGUCCGUUUGUGGCUCCGUGGUCGGAGAUGUUAUGGGCUGGAACCGGUCCUUGCCAAACCAUUUAGACGGGAACCGUCAUCUGGCUGAUUACAGUCGAGUCAACAACAAUUAUGGUGAUUUUGGAACUUAUAAUCGGUGUCAUCCUAAAGGUGGCCGCGGUCUACGGUACCGAGUGAGCAAAUCUGGUUCAGAAGCGGAGCCGGUGUGGAAGUUGCAAGACCCUGGGUUUGACCAGGGCUAUGGAUCGGAAAGGUCUCCGGAGGACGACUAUCUUCCCCGCAUAGCUCCCGCCGUCUCCUUAGAAACGUACGAGGCGGAGCUACGCGCCAUAUACCCAUUUAUAACAGACGGUAAGUGUUUAUAAAUUUUUAUAUUAUUUCUUAGCAAUAAAACCAAUUUAAUUUUAAAAUAUAUUGUUCGUCUGCGUGACCAUAAAAUCCAAUGAGCAAAAGUGCUUGAAAUCCUGACAUGAAUGAAGUUUAAGAAAAAUUAGACUAGUAGUUUUGAAAAAUAAAUGCGUAUAGAAGAACAUACUUAUAAUAAGUAAAAUUACUUCCCGCGUUGAUAUUUUAAUAAUGUUUGUUUUAUACACGAAAUUUGUAAGAUAAAAGGGAAGAUCUGCGAUACAUCAGGCACAAAUCCAGCGCAAUCCUCAGCCGCAACAAAGUGAAUUUCGUCAACUUAGUUUUCUUGUUUGGCUUAAAGCAACUUUCUGAACGUCAAAUUGUUUUUCGGCAAAAAAUCGUAGGCUAUUUGUUUCACUUGUGUCUUAAGAUAUAAGAAGAGGAUAUGAAGUGAAACACAAUUCAAAAAUAUAUUUUUAACGGAUUGUUUUUAUUGUCGUCGAAGGUUACUUAGAGAUGGUAAAUUAGCAAAUGGCUUUCUUUAAACGGAGGUAAAUCUGCAUUCUUUAACAUAUUUUAAUGUUUUUUUUUACUAGUUGAAAAUGUUUUCUCUUUCUAAAUUUAUCACUACCAUACUCUACUUAGCAAAGCUGGUUUGUAAAAAAUAUUUGUGUAGCUAAAAUAUACAUAUUUGAUAUCAUUAUCUAACAAAAAAACAACAUAAAGUAACACUAUUGCAGGCACGUUUCCUACGGUCUAUAAUAUUGUUGAAAAUACCACCCGUUCCUUGAACAAUGCAUCUACAAUAUCUCUAACUAUGUGUUUAUAUCAGAGUCAGUCUUCUGUUAUAAAAUAUAAAGCAAGUAGUGUAUACUCCGAAUACUUCCGCGGAAAUAUACAAUAUCCUUUAGAGAAGCACUUGAAUCCAAAGUAAAUGUUGAACGGCAAAGUUAAAGGAAGUUGUAAGUAAUCGGCGUCCCGUGGGCAAGUCUCGGAGAACUUUAAACAAACCCUUAGUGAAACUUUUAUCUCGUGUUAUGAGCGUUAUUAGGGUGGCUUACGGACUAGAGUGCACCGGCCAACUUCUUGUUUACGAAGAGUUUCUUUUCAUCAGUAAGUUUCCGAUUUUUGUAUACAUUAACGUCUUUAUCUUUGCCAGUUUCGAAAGUGCCUUCGGAAUUUCGUAUUUGAACUAUAUUGUAACAAACUGUUUUAUCAGCUUGGAAAAUAAUUACAGAAUUUCAUAUGUAACACAUUUCUAAUUCAAACGCUUUCGUACUAUUAUUUAUUCAAUUAAAACCUUGUGACGAUGUUAAUUAAUUUUCCAGUUAAAUAAUUACCGCAAUUUCAAAUCAGUUCAGUACACAGUUUCUAUUAAUUCAAAAUACCUGUUGUAUAAUUCUAGCCUCAGUUAAUCAUCAAACAUAAUCCGGCAGCAUUUAAUACAGCGCAGCAAAAACCGAUAUUACUAUGCCGAAAAUAUGGUCACUAGUGUU